AUGCCAGGCCGCCGCCAACAAACUCAUAUCUACCUCCGGGAAGACAUGGACAGAGUCAAGGGCGUGCCGCUUCCCCCCAAGAUCAAAUGCGGCCGUUGCCAGUCUCACCUCGUCCCGGCUAGGUUCUCAAGCAAGCAACUCACCGAUGCUCGCUAUCAAAUCCUCAAGCAGGGUCGAAUCACUCAGCUCGUCAACUGCAUGAAGUGUACCGGGCAGCAAAUCGUUGAGCUUGAAUGCACGUCAUGUGGUCGCACCAAGGGCCUGGAGGAGUUCGCCAAGAGCCAGCGCAACAAACCCGACACUGCUGUAUGCUUCAAGUGCACAGAGCUUGCUGUCAAUGAUCACGCCAUCGAUGACGGGAGAUACGAGGACCAAGACAGGGCUUUCCUACCGGCCAAUGACUCUCGUGGCAAUGUCCCCGAGUACUGGUCUAGUCAACAGUCUACGACCGACGCCAUUCCUGCCGCUGGUGAUGAAUGGGGAUCAACUAGCGCCGACACUGAAGACAUCACGGAUAAGGACUCUGGUGGUAGCGGCAUCGCAUUAUCAAGACAGUUGCAAGCCACACAUCUCACUGGAUCAGUGAAUGAGUCCUUGAUCGGGUCCGAGUACGAUCACCCGGCCACUCGGGCCAAUGAUAGAUUCACUCAAGUCCGCAGCAACAAGUCCUGGCAUACAGCAUCUGCUGGUCCUCCUAGCUCCGGCUCUGGAUUCAACAAAGACACUUACAGGAAGCCACCCUACUCUACUGUUUCAGCAUCAGCCCGCACAUUUUCUUCCAGUGUUGCUGAGCGGUCGUCCCCUGAGAUCCGCAGCAAUGGAUGGGCCAAGAUUCGUUCGGCGCGCAAUCCACCUCCCAUGCUAGGUGGGCCCAUGAGACCGAUGGGAGAUGCCGAACGCGAGGGAGAAACACUGACUAACAACUGGAGCGACAGCGACGAAGAUGAUAAUGACGAUGAGGACGACGGUGACAGUGAUGACGAUACUGUCAUCUGA